GUUCAGUAAUGUGUUCUAACAUUUUAUUUGAAUUAUUUUUGCAGAAAAAAAAGGUGCAUUAAAAUGACUAUCUAUUACGCAUGCGUGAUUGGCUUGUUUGGCUGACCCGCUGGAUGCGAAGUUUGGCCGAGCUCGAGACAAACCUUCAACAAAACCAUGGGAAGACCAGGUUUCUCACCGCGCGGAGGUGGUAGAGGUUUCUCGCCACGUGGGGGUGGCAGAGGUGGUGGAUUUUCACCACGUGGUGGUGGUGGUGGUUUCAGAGGUGGAAGAGGAGGAUUUGGUGAUCGUGGAGGCCGAGGUGGUUUUAGAGGAGGUCGGGGUGGAGGCCGUGGCGGAGGCCGUGGCGGAUUCCGUGGUGGCAGAGGUGGUGGCAGGGGCGGCUUUGGUGCAGGAAGAAAGGUGGUUGUUGAACCUCACAGGCAUGCAGGAGUGUUCAUUUCACGGGGGAAGGAGGAUGCCCUUGUCACCAAGAACAUGGUGGUUGGAGAGUCAGUGUACGGAGAGAAGAGGAUAACAGUGGAGGAGGGGGAGAACAAGCUGGAGUACCGUGUGUGGAACCCGUUCCGCUCAAAGCUGGCGGCGGCCAUCCUGGGUGGGAUUGACCAGAUCCACAUGAUGCCCGGCUCCAAGGUGCUGUACCUGGGGGCUGCCUCGGGCACCACCGUCUCACAUGUGUCUGAUCUGGUCGGGCCGGAAGGGCUGGUGUAUGCUGUAGAGUUCUCCCACAGGUCAGGCCGAGACCUCCUCAAUGUGGCCAAGAAGAGAACCAACAUCAUUCCAAUCAUAGAAGAUGCCAGGCACCCUCACAAGUACAGGAUGUUAGUUGGUAUGGUGGAUACAAUCUUUGCAGAUGUUGCACAGCCUGACCAGACCAGGAUAGUAGCAAUCAAUGCCCAUAACUUCCUGAAGAAUGAUGGUCAUUUUGUCAUCUCUAUCAAGGCCAACUGUAUCGACUCCACAGCGUCAGCAGAAGCUGUGUUUGCAGGUGAAGUGAAGAAGAUGAAGUCAGAGAAGAUGCACCCUAAAGAACAGCUGACACUGGAGCCUUACGAGAGGGACCAUGCAGUAGUGGUAGGAGUGUACAGACCCUCAAAGAAGUGAGACCAGGAUUUAGACAUAUUUGUUAUUUGUCUUACACUUUUAUGGAUUAAGUUCAGCACAGUAGAGAGGUCUACUGUUUCCCCAAUGUAAGAACAUCAUUGAUUUGAGAAGUGGACAAGACUGGUAAAGAUGUAAAUUCUCUUGCCAGUCAAUCUUGUAAAUCCCAUCUUUUUAGUUAUGAUAAGAAAGAUCCUUUAUGGAAGACGUAGUGUGGUCUUGGUACAAAACGUACAGAUUGGUUUAGAUAAGUUGCAUUAUCUUUUUCUUCUUCAGACAUCUACAUUUUCUUCUACCACUAAUUGUGCCAAUGGAAGUAGCUUAUGGAAUGUCUGCUAACCAUACAUUGAUUUUGUUGUAGUUCCUAGACUUAAAACUGCCUUGAUUCUGGUUAAAGAAAAAGACUCCCAUGAUAAAAAAAGGAGGUUUAAGUUGUAGAGGUGAUUUCUACUAGGUAUGUGGCUGUCAUGUAGAAGCACCUACAUGUUUGUAUUUAUGGACACAUUGAUAAGGAAGAAAUUGUUUGAGCACAUUCAAUUUCAAGUUGUCCAGGGCUGUACAGGUAUGUGCACACUUCCAGACUAUCAUAUACCAGUACUGUACUUCUUAUAUUUUCUAUGUAAGGUAAUAAAAAAACAAACAUACUAAUAAAAACAUUCAACCGCAA